AUGGAAGAGGGUAUGAUGAAAGCUUUAACAGGAAAUUCAGAUAAUAGUUUAGAGAGUGAGCUUGAAUUGAUACUUAGUCAAAGGGAUAGUAGGGUGGUGGUUGGUGAUCAACAAAGAGAUCUGAAUAUGAAUAGGAGUGGUAGCGCUCCACCAACUGUUGAGGGAUCUUUAAGUGCAGUUGGAAGCUUAUUUAGGGACUCUGAUCUUGUGCAAAUUGAUAACAGAAAUAGUAGUAUUAAUAAUAGUACCAAUUGGAAUGGAGGAGUGUUGACAGAAGAAGAACUUCGAUCUCACCCAAUGUAUUUAGCAUAUUAUUAUGCACAUGGAAACUUUAAUCCAAGGCUCCCUCCUCCAUUGCUGUCUAAAGAGGAUUGGCGAGUUGCUCAAAGGUUUCAGGUAGGAGGCUCAUCUUCUGAAGGAACCAGGGAUUGGUGGAAGAAGAAUGUGAGUAGUGAUCAUACUGAUAUUGGUAGUGGCAGUGGUAGUUCUUCAUUGUUUUCAAUGCAGCCUGGUUUUCAAGGUAUACACAAGGAUGCAGAAUCUGAAUUCAUGGAAAUGAGGAAGAAUCAGCUUCAUCUUCCCCACAAAAACUCUGCUGAAUGGAUUGAAAGAGGUGAUGGUUUGAUUGGUUUAACAGCUCCUGGAAUGGGUGGUAGAAGAAAAAGCUUUGCAGAUAUUCUUCAGGAAGGACUAGAACAGCCUGCAUCCUCAUCCAAUAGAAUUUCUCGUCCUGCAAGCCAGAAUGCAAUCAGUGAUGUUAUGAACAUGAGGGGCGUAUCUAAUUCUCAUUCAUCAAGUUUAUGUAAUGAAAAAGAAACUUCACAAGAUCCAUCAAGAUUCAAGAACAUGAAUUCAUCUGUUCCACAAUCUUUUGCACCUGCUGUUGGUUCAUCUUUGUCAAGAAGUAGAACACCUGACACUCAAUUGGUCAGAAAAGCCCCUACUCCUGGCAUGCCUCCUCUGAGUAAAAGAUGCAUUGCAGGAGGAAAUACAGUAAAUGAGGUUACAGAUGUUGCAUCUUCUUUAUCUGGCUUAAAUCUCUCAAAACCCCGUCUUCCUGAUGGAGAUAAUAAUCAUUCACAAUCUAGUUACCUUGAUGCUAUAAAUGAUCAGAGGCUAAGUUUUCAGCAUCAGGUUGCUGAUAACUCAAGGAAAGACAACCUUGGAAUGCAUUCGAAAUAUGAUUUUCAUAGGGACAAUGCAAACUUACCUGACUUGAGUGUUGGAAAGUCAGCCAUUGAUGGACCAGUUAACUUUCACAGAAGGGCAGCUUCUUCUGCUGACCUAAAUUCUCACAGGAACAUGUAUGAAUUUGCAAAUUUAGAAAAUUCCAGAAUAUCUUCAGCUUUAAACACAGCUGGAAAGGGGCAAUUUUUGAGGCGAUGUAACUACCCACCUGUAUCUAACUUUCAUUCACCAAUCAUGGGUUCACGCCAUGGUCAAUGCGUGGUCAACACACACUCGGCUAAUCUUCCUUUGGGAUGUAAUAAUUUUGUUGUUUCACAUGGCCAUGAAGAUAUGCAGGCUCUUCAGAAAGUGUAUCUUGAAGCACUGCUUGCUCAACAUAACCAACAAUACAGUUCGCCACUUUUUGGAAGAUCUGGAAGCUUAAAUCAUCUAUAUGGGAAUCCCACAUAUAAUCAUGGCAUUCCAUAUCAAGGAAACUUACUUGAAAAUUCUACACGUUCAGCAGUUGGAUCUAGACAGUUGUCACAACAAUUUGCUCCUGCUUUUAGAAAUUCAGUGGGUGGAGUUUCUGGAUCUUGGAAUCCGGAAGGUGAUAUGAGCUUAGAUAGAAGAUAUGUUUCUUCAUUGUUGGAUGAGCUCAAGAACAACAAAAACAAGUCUUUUGAACUCUCUGAUGUUGUUGAUCAUGUGAUUGAGUUUAGCACCGAUCAAUAUGGAAGCAGGUUUAUUCAGCAGAAGCUUGAAUCGGCCACAGUUGAAGAAAAGAAUAUAAUAUUUCCCGAAAUUGUCCCUCAUGCACGUAGUUUGAUGACUGAUGUGUUUGGAAAUUAUGUCAUACAAAAAUUCUUUGAGCAUGGCACAAAAAGUCAAAGAAGGGAGUUAGCUGGUCAACUCAUCGGCCAUGUUUUGCCUCUUAGCCUUCAAAUGUAUGGUUGCAGAGUUAUUCAGAAGGCAUUGGAGGUUGUUGAAGUUAAUCAACAGACAGAAAUGGUGGCUGAGCUUCAUGGUUCAAUCAUGAAAUGUGUUCGUGAUCAGAAUGGUAAUCAUGUAAUCCAGAAAUGUAUUGAAUGUGUGCCUCAAGAUCGUGUUCAGUUUAUAGUUUCUUCUUUCUUUGGACAAGUUGUUUCUCUUUCAUCACAUCCUUAUGGAUGUCGAGUCAUUCAGAGGGUAUUGGAGCACUGUAAUGAUCAAAAUACAAAAGCUGUAAUGGAUGAAAUCAUGAACUCGGUUUGUACUCUAGCACAAGACCAAUAUGGAAAUUAUGUUAUUCAGCAUGUACUACAACAUGGAAAACCCCAUGAGCGAUCAGCUAUCAUCAACAAGAUUGCAGGAGAAACAGUGAAGAUGAGUCUGCAAAAGUUUGCUUCAAAUGUUGUUGAGAAAUGCUUAACUUAUGGAAGCCCGGAUGAACGCCAACUUCUUGUAAACGAAAUGCUUGGUUCCACCGAUGAAAAUGAGCCAUUACAGGCAAUGAUGAAAGAUCCUUUUGGAAAUUACGUUGUCCAGAAGGUUCUAGAAACUUGUGAUGACCAGACACGUGAACUCAUCCUCUCGCGUAUAAAAGUCCACUUGGCGGCUCUAAAACGGUACACGUUUGGUAAACACAUUGUCUCUCGUGUGGAAAAGCUAGUCACUUCAGGAGAAAAGCACAUUGCAUCAUCGAGUUCAAGAUCUUGA